AUGGGUACAAUCAAUAUUUCACAAAGAUUUAGAAAUUAUCAGGAAUUGGUUAUUAAAAAAUUUAAAAAUGAUGGUUUAUGUUGGAAUGAUAUCUAUGAAGUCUUAGCAUUGUAUUCAGUAUUUGUAGUUUGUAAACCUUGUCCAUACCAGAAUCUAUUUAGUGAUGAUGAAUGGUGUAUAAUACUUAAGAACAACCCAUUUUAUAUUCAAGAACCAAUUGUUCCAAAUGUUAUGUCAAAUAUUCUUCACAAUGCAAUAAAAAGACAUUUAAUGAACCAGGAUAGUUAUAUCAAUGCAGUUAAAAUGUCUGAAGAUGAACAUUGCAAUAGAUUAUUAAACAUUUACAUCAAUACUAUCUUUACUGCACACAAGAAAUAUGAAGUCAGAUUUAAUCGCAGUGUGUUGGGAACAUCUCAAAGACCUGACUUUUCAUGUGUUAUAAAUGAUGUUCCCUUUUUAUUGUCAGAAAUUAAACCUAUUGGAACUAGUCCUUUAAUAAAACAAAUGGAUUUUAGAAAGAUACAUCUAAGAGGUAAAAAUGCAUUAAACCAGCAAUUAAAUAAAAAAGGGGGUCCAGGACAAGUAAUGAUGUUAGUUAAUGCAGGAGAAUCAUUGAAAACUUAUGUAAUGAGUUUACAAAAUGGAGGUUUAUAUGUAUCAUGGAGCUUAAUUACAA